AUGUUGUCGACGUCGGUCGAGCAGUACUCGUGCAGCUUCACAUGGCGGCCGGCCCGUUCCUCUGCAGCGGCGUCGUCAUCAUUGGCGUCAUCGGCCAUCGGCAUCGGGAGUUGCCCCCGGGGCGGUCAGGGCGCGUCAGACGAAGAAGGGAAUCGACAUGCUGCCGUUGACAUCGAGCAGGAAGAUAGUGUUCCAAAAAUAGAGCAGGCAGCCCGUUCUUCCGCUGCACGCCAUGGGCAAUUUCGACGCGCCAGCCAAGAACAUGUAACAGACAGACAGCGCAGCACAGCACACAGAGUGGUUACCGACAGCCGACAGCCGACAGCGAAGGGAGAUAUAAAAAAUAAAUAG